AUGUCUCUGCGAUAUCUUCAUUUAAAUGGGAUAAGAGAAGAUUUCAUCACAUUUGUUAACGCCUACGAUUCGAUUCGAGAAGAAUGCGUCGGUUCAGAAAAAGAACGCCGCUUAACUGAAGUUACUUUAUGCCACAUUGUUGAAGAUUCCGUAAACAAUUUUAAUUUAGAUUUAAAUUUUUGCGUAGGUUUUGGUGUCGACAGUUGCUCAGUAAUGGCAUCCGAAACGAAAAGUGACGUUAACGAAUUUAAAAAAUCGGCCAAACAUGCUAUGCGUUGUCCAUGUAGCAAUCAUAUUUUGAAUAAUUCCUUGGCAAGCUCCUCAAAAGUUAUAUCAUGUCGUAAUGCUUCAGGAACUAUGAGAAAAGUAGUAGCUUUUGCUAAUAUCUCUCAAAUGACAUGCUGUUUUUAA